AUGGAGAUGGAGCUGGACCAAGCUGAGGAUGAUGUCGAGCACGACGAUAUCUACAACGCCCUCGUACGUUUGCGAGAUGUCCAAGGUUCCCCGAGUGAACAUGUCCCACCUGCCCCGGGUCCAACGCUUCUUCCCGCUCCGAUAGCCAGCGCCAUCAGUUUCGCAACGAGAUCCACCUCCUUUGCUCUCCGAGUCGGUACUUUCAUCGGCGGCUACAGCUUGGGUGCUGCCAAGGUCACUACACUGUCUAGUCUCGAGGUCGGUCGAGGUAUACUCGAGGGCAUUUUGAGCAGAGCUGGGAAGGAAGUCCGCGCCCGAUCGCGCUCGGAAUUGGGUAGGACAGAUGCCGAGACGAUACUGGAAAGAAGCUUGGAAAGUCUACAUCAGACCAUGGCACAGGUUGUCUUUUGGACCAGCGCAAGCUUCCACAUCACUUCGACUACCGUCUCCAGUGUGUCACAGAUCUCCCAGCUAUUUCUGUCCGUCCUCGAUCAGUUCUUCGGCUCGACCGACUCUUCGAGGGCCAUAGCCAGUAUCAUCACGCUCAUUCGUCGCGAGUUCCAGAACCCCGCAACCGGUGUACAAGGGGAAAAGGUUGGAGUUGUCGAUCUUCUCAUCGGAGUCUGUGGCCUGGCAUACUUGCAGAAUUGGUGUCGCAAGACCAUACAGGAGGAAUCUCGCCGUCUCGGACAGGUGGAGAUCGUGUGGGAUGUAGUUGUUCUGAACGAUGGCGAGCGAGUAGACGUUCGCGACAGUGACAUUCAAAGAUCCCAGGCGGGUACUGGUGAUUUCAUCGAAGCAAUUGCGCAGCAUGGGGCUAGGCGGAAUAGCACUGACGAAGACGACCAGCCCGAGAGUCAAUUGAAACGUCAAAUACUAAACUCUCUACCAAAGGAUGCAAGAGUCUCCAUUUCGACUUCCACCACAACUACCAAGGUCAUCACGGUCGACAUCAAGGGCGCAACAGAGAUGCUCAUGCCGUCGCUCCCUGGACUGGACCUUGUGAGAAGUGAAGUCAGCAAUCCUACGACGCAAGAGGAGAGUCAGAAUUACCGAGUGGUGUACAAGGUCAGCCGAAAUAAAGUCAGGAACACAGCCGAUGAGAGCGAGAACGAGGACGAUCGUCAAUCAUACGUCGAACUCAUUGAUGAUGAGGAACCUCAGUCCCCGUAUGGUAUCGACAUCGAUCAACCUCCCCCUGUUCCGCCAAAGGCCGCACGUCCGACUGCUGCAUCAGCAGCCAAGGGCCGCCCCAAUGCUCCCGGUGAGCGCAGGGAUGGUCACGUGAGAUCCGUGUCAAACAGCUCAGCUGGCUCUGCGUCCUCACCCCGUGAGCGUUCUUUCCCAAGCUCUUUGCCCAAGCCAACAUCGGAACACGCCGCGAACCAGAAGCGUACCAGAAAACCCCUAGACGAGUCACGAAAGAGCCCGAGAGGUCUCACAAUCGACUCGUCAACCCGCAAGACAACAACAGUCAAGAAUCCGGAACCGGUUCAUACGAAAGUUGAAAAGAAGGGUGGAAUCAGGGGUGUGUUAAAGAAGGGUUCUGUUCCCGGCUUCGCGAAUUUUUUGAACAGAGAGCCGAGUUCAGACGUCCUGUCACCCAAAACGAGAUCGAGUGUGAAGCCGCCGUGGGGCAGUUAUAAGCCUCCGCCAGCUAAACAACAGACCAAAGGCCUGGCUCCAGAUCGCACUUCGAGCUUGAUACCAACCCGGGAAGCACCGCAACCACCGCAGCGAGGAAAUCCAAACUACUUUUCAUCAAGAGACCUGGGAAAUGUUGGGGGCAGCCCUGUGUACAGAAGUCCUUCUAGGAACAGCUAUCAGCCGCUCCAAGACACCCGCCGAAGUUCUGUCGUUUCGCUUACUGAUACGUUCUCAAUACAAUCGUUCGAAAGCCGCCCGACUUCUCCGACGAGCCACAGGAAUAGCGGGGUAUACAAUCCAAGGUCUUCCUACGAUGCUGGCGGAAAGCUGCCAUCACCCCAGCGGGAUCACCACCGCGCAAGAUCACAAAACUUCAACUCGUAUGCGCCAAGUAUAUACACGCUGAACAGAGACUCGCAAGCUUCACUAGUCUUGUCCUCAUUCCACCCAAGGAGUGCCUAUAGCGACUCGGAAGCUGUUGAUACUCUGAGGCGAAAUGGUACGGUGGAUGGGAUGUUCCCCAACUUUCACAUAUUGAGAAACAUCACUCGAUACAGUCGAUACGCAUCUGCUAUAUAUGGUUCGAACUUUCUCAAGUUGAUGGGGAUCAAUAAAGAUUUGCCUGCUAUGAAUAUUGCAGAUGACUUGCAUCAGGAUGUGCGGUCAUUCGCCCAUCAUACUGAGUUGCCGUCGGACAGCAUCCUGUUGGCCUCUUUCGUCGACCCUCAGGGUGGAUCAGAUUCUACUGGAUCUACCGACACAGGCAUACCCCUCAUUCAUACUGUGGCUCUCGAUAAAGAGUCAAAAGCCGUCGUGCUGUCUUGUCGUGGAACCCUAGGGUUUGAGGACGUGCUGGCCGACAUGAUGUGCGACUACGACGAUCUGGUUUGGCGGGGAAAGCCAUACAAGGUUCACAAAGGGAUCCACGCGUCCGCACGGCGGCUUCUAUAUGGUGGGGAUGGUCGAGUCUUGGUGACGCUCAAAGAAGCCCUCGAGGAGUUUCCGGAUUAUGGAUUGAUCUUGUGUGGGCAUUCCCUUGGUGGUGCUGUGACGGCACUGCUUGGAGCCAUGCUGGCGGAGCCUGCCAUGACUGGCACAGCAUUCGUCACUUCCGCCGAGCAGCACAGCAGGUUACUCACCGCUGGCGGCUCGUCAGAAAGCUCAUCACAUAUUUGUUUGCCCUCAGGGAGACCCAUCCAUGUCUAUGCUUACGGUCCACCGGCAACCAUGUCACCAACAUUUCAAAAGGCCACAAGAGGACUGAUCACCAGUACAGUCCACGGCAAUGACAUAGUUCCAUACUUGUCCCUCGGCGUCUUGCACGACUUGCAGGCACUUGCCCUUGCUUUCAAAACGGACAACAACGAAGCCAAGGCGGAGGUUCGUCGUCGUAUAUGGGAGGGUCUGCAGUCUGGACUUGCCGACCAGUGGUACAAUAACGGGCCGACACGUUCCAACGACCAAGACGAUAAAUGGGCUUACGCCGCAUUGAAGACUCUGCGCGCGAGUAUGAUGAGCUCCAAGCUUCUGCCUCCCGGUGAGGUUUUCUCCAUCGAGAGUACUCCAUGCCUGAGGAGGGAUGCUUUCCUGCAGGCGGGCACAGAACAAAUCGGAAGACCAGCCACCCGUAUCGUCCUUAAGUAUAUCAGAGAGGUCGAGGCACAGUUCAGGGAGGUCAAGUUUGGCGCUAGCAUGUUGUUGGAUCAUAGCCCUGGGAGGUACGAGGAUGCUCUCAGGCGACUGACGUUGGGCGUUCUGGAGACAUGA